AUGAAACUCAGCCUUGCUUCCAUCGUAGCCCUUGCUGGCACUGUCACCGCUCAGCUCCAGCAGGUGACCAGCUUUGGCUCCAACCCAUCCGGAGCCAAGAUGUAUAUCCACAUCCCCAACAACCUGCCGGCCAACCCAGCUGUUGUCGUUGCCAUCCACCAUUGCCAAGGCACGGCCCAAUCGUAUUACCAGAGCACGCCCUAUGCGCAGCUGUCGAACCAGAAGGGCUUCAUCGUCAUAUACCCCGAGAGCCCCUACAGCGGAACCUGUUGGGACGUCAGCUCCAAGGCGACCAUGACCCACGAUGGCGGUGCCAACAGCAACAGCAUCGCCAACAUGGUUCGAUACGUCCUGACCAAAUACAAGGCCAACAAGUCCAAGGUUUUUGUGACUGGAUCCUCCUCUGGAGCCAUGAUGACUAACGUCAUGGCCGCUACCUACCCAGACCUCUUUGCGGCCGCCAUCGUCUACAACGGCGUCCCAGCUGGCUGCUUCUUCACCAACUCGGUCAACGGCUGGAACUCUCAGUGCGCUCAAGGAAACGUCAACAAGACGCCUGCCGAGUGGGCCAAGCUAGUCACCGAUGCUUUCCCGGGCUACAACGGAGCCCGCCCCAAGAUGCAGAUCUACCACGGCGGUGUCGACACCACCCUCCGACCUGCCAACUACCAGGAGACUAUCGACCAGUGGUCUGGUAUUUUCGGCUACAAUCCCACGAAGCCCCAGCAGUCCCAGAGCGGCGUUCCCCAGAGCGGCUACCGAACUGACACCUUUGGCCCUAAGCUGGUCGGUAUCUUUGCCCAGAACGUUGGCCAUACCGUGCCUGUCCGGGGCGACGAUGACAUGAAGUUCUUUGGCCUGUAA